AAACUCUGUUGGAAAACUCAAACACACACACACACACACACACACACACACACACACACAUAGCCAUGUAAUUAAUCCAGGAAAUUAAAAUGUGAUAUCACCAUUAUUACAAACCACUUCUCCCCAAGUUUAAAUCUAUGAAUAUUCUAAUUGCUGCCUUCAGGGCCUUCCUAUUCAAUUGGACAUGGUAUUAUUCCUCAAUUUUUUUUAACUUAUUGAUAGCAAUGAGCAACGCAGGACUUUCAAUGUCUGAAGCCGGCUUUAUUACCCAGGGUUGCAUCAUUUUCCAGGAGAAGAAAAUUAAGAUUAAUUCAGUCUUUGUGCGGACUGGAAAGGCUGCCUUCACGGGCUCUAACUGACUCUGUUAAGGCAAAUUAAACCUCUGAUGGCCUCACAGUCUGACCUUUGGGAACGAGUUAGCUUCAUUCAUUAAGUCCUAGUUGUAAUCGGCCACUGUGUGACCUUAUAUCCAAGUUUGAUUCCAACAUAUAUCAGUGUAACAGUACAGUGUACAGUCCGUUUGCUAACUUAAUUGUUAAUGACGUUACAGGGACAGAUGUUGGGCUACAGUUUGAGUAACGUUCUCUGAAGCGUCCCAUAUGCUGGAUUUGCUUUUUUGUAUUGUAGGAGUAGGAGGAGUCGCUUUCCUGUGAUUGUCUGCCUACUCUCUCUCUCUCUCUCUCUCCCUCCCCCUUUCUCUCGCUCCCCCUCUCUCUCUCUCGCUCUCACUGUGCUUCAUUCCCUCUCGUUUUUCCAAACUUGAAUAUUCCGCUUGCCUGGGAGCUUUCGCCAGCGGAGCAGUGCAGCCAGCUGACUGACACUGAACGUAUACCGGGGCUGAUUGUUUUUCCCUGCGCCGCGCUGCGCCGUUUGGAUCACACUUUAGGGGCAGACGGAAUCAUCAAGAGUAUCAGCUUCUUCCUGCCUUUCUUCCAACUUAAUUUCGGGCUAUUUUCAAGAUGACAGAAGAAAAGAGUGUUCGGCAUGUAAAGCUGGUAAUUGGCCAGCUUCCAUGGGAUUUGAUGUCACCUUUAGAUUGGUUUAAUUGAAGAUGGAAACACUGGAGUCUGAGCUGACCUGCCCGAUCUGCCUGGAGUUGUUUGAAGACCCUCUUCUCUUGCCCUGUGCCCACAGCCUGUGCUUCAACUGCGCCCACCGCAUCCUGGUGUCCCACUGCUCCACCAGCAAACCCCUUGAGUCUAUCUCGGCCUUUCAGUGCCCCACCUGUCGUUACGUCAUCACGCUGAAUCACCGCGGCCUGGAGGGCCUUAAGCGCAAUGUGACGCUGCAGAACAUCAUUGAUCGCUUUCAAAAGGCCUCCCUCAGCAGCCCAAAUUCCCCCACAGAGAGCCGCCGCGUGCAGCCGCAGCGGCCCUACACCGCCAACAUUAGCGGAACGAUAGCUGGAACGAUUGGUGGUGGUGGUGGUGGUGGUGGUGGUGGUGGUGGUGGUGGAGGUGGUGGUGGUGGUGGAGGAGGAGGCGGAAGCAGCGCCCGUGGCAGCCCGGCUUCUUCCAGCCACUCCCACUCCCAUGCCAACCACACCAAUCACGCUAAUCACGCCAAUCACGUCAACCACACCAACGCCAACCACAGCCCUGCUGUUGUUGCAAAAAUGGAUCCGCGUAUAAGCUGCCAGUUCUGCGAGCAGGAUCCGCCACGCGAGGCCGUCAAGACUUGUGUCACAUGUGAGGUGUCGUACUGCGACCGUUGCCUGCGUGCUACACAUCCCAACAAGAAGCCGUUCACCAGCCACCGCCUGGUUGAGCCGGUGCCGGAUACUCACAUCCGUGGCCUGACCUGCCUGGAGCACGAAAACGAGAAGGUCAACAUGUACUGCCUGGUGGACGACCAGCUCAUCUGUGCCCUCUGCAAGCUGGUGGGACGCCACCGGGAGCACCAGGUGUCCUCGCUCACUGAACGCUUCGAUAAGCUCAAGGCUUAUCAGGUGAGCCCGGGCAGAGUGUCAGAUGCGGUUAUGGAGGCUUCAAAGACAAGCGCUGCGCAAACCCUGGAGAACAACCUGACCAACCUGGUGAAGAGGAACAGUGAACUGGAGAACCAAAUGGCCAAGCUAAUCCAGAUCUGUCAACAAGUCGAGGUCAACACAGCCAUGCAUGAAGCCAAGCUGGUGGAGGAGUGUGAUGAGCUGGUGGAGAUCAUCCGCCAGAGAAAACAGGUCAUCGCUGUGAAGAUCAAAGAGUCCAAGGUGAUGAAGCUGCGUAAGUUGGCUCAGCAGAUCGCAAACUGCCGCCAGUGUCUGGAACGAUCCAGCGCGCUCAUCACACAGGCCGAACAGAGCCUGAAGGAGAACGACCACGCCCGCUUCCUCCAGACCGCCCGGAAUGUAGCAGAGAGGGUUGCCAUGGCGACGGCCUCCUCCCAGGUGCUCAUCCCUGACGUCAACCUGAACGAGGCAUUUGACAACUUCGCCCUGGACUUUUCCAGAGAGAAGAAAAUUUUGGAGGGGCUAGAUUACCUAACAGCUCCGAACCCUCCCUCCAUCAGAGACGAGCUGUGCACCGCCUCCCAUGACACCAUCACUGUCCACUGGACAUCUGAGGACGAGUUCAGCGUCACCUCCUACGAGCUGCAGUACACCAUCUACACUGGCCAGACUAAUUUCAUCAGUUUGUACAACUCGGCUGACAGCUGGAUGAUCGUUCCGAACAUCAAGCAGAACCACUACACGGUGCACGGCCUGCAGAGUGGCACCCGUUACAUCUUUUUUGUCAAGGCGAUCAACCAGGCAGGGAGCCGCAACAGCGAGCCGGCUCGCCUCAAAACUAACAGUCAACCCUUUAAGUUGGACCCGAAGACCGCCCAUAAGAAGUUGCGUCUGUCCAACGACUGUCUUACCAUGGAGAAAGAUGAGAGCUCACUGAAGAAGAGCCACACCCCGGAGCGUUUCAGCGGCACUGGCUCCUAUGGCGCAGCUGGUAACGUCUUCAUUGACAGCGGGUGUCACUACUGGGAGGUGCUGCUUGGAGCGUCCACAUGGUAUGCCAUCGGCGUGGCUUACAAAUCAGCCCCCAAAAAUGAAUGGAGCGGCAAGAACUCGUCCACAUGGGUGUUCUCACGUUGCAACAACAACUUUAUGGUGCGCCACGACGGCAAGGAGAUGCUGGUGGAGGCGAGCCUGCAGCUCAGGAGGCUUGGUGUCCUGCUGGACUACGACAAUAAUUCACUGUCCUUCCAUGAUGCAAUGAACUCCCAGCACAUCCACACCUUCGAAAUCUCCUUCCUCCUGCCUGUCGUACCCACUUUCAUGAUCUGGAACAAGUCGGUCAUGAUUCUCUCAGGGCUGCCUGUGCCCGACUUUGUCGAUGGUGUGGCCACAGAUCUUCAAGAGCAGCAGCAGCAGCAACAGAUGGGCUUGUGUCGACAAGACUCACCAUACUUGACGGGGAUGAAGUCCUGCCACUGAGGAAGGCCCAUUAUGUCCUAGCAGAGUCCAAUCAGGCCCCGAGGCUGAAAGACAUAGACAGUGUGACAGAGUUCUGCUCUCUCCUCUGAAUUGAGAGUGGACCAGAUACUUUCUUAUGGAUUUAGGAAGUGUUGGAAAUAUACACAGCAGUCUGGAAAAGUGUCAGUCCUGUUAUUUUGUAGCAUCCAAUGCUUUACAAAUCGAUUAUUGAAUGGGAAAGAGGGCUCUUGACUGUAAAUGUCAGUAAUCCUAAAAUACAUAUUAUGCUCUGGAGUCACUGGACAACACGUUCUUAUUGGCCAUUUAAGGUCUUCAAAUUAAAAUGUAGUUUCUGUCUAAUUUGACCCUUUGGGUGGAAGUCCGAUGGGGAAUGUUGUUGUCAUCUAUUUACAGUUUGAAGUUACAACAUGUGAACAGUGACAUCCACUUAUACCUGACAUGUGAAAUAAUCAAAAUCAAAGCGUAUUACAGAACCAUAAAAAUACAGUAAUUAAUCCACAAACUACUUACAUAUUAGUUUUAAAAUCCAUACAUCCAUCUCAACUGUGUGACAAAAUUAUAUAAAGGCAACAAUUAAUUGAGAAGAUUGAUACUUCUUUCAAGCUUGGACAUUAGCUUGGUUAGCUAAGCAUGGCAUAAAAAGUCAAAAGUGUUUAGUCUCAUACUGUAGUUCCAGCAGAUUACUUCUCAUAAAGUUAAAGUUUUACUUCUUUGAUUGAUUAGACAAACACAAUAUAUCCACUAAAUUUGAGAGCUGUUAAAAGGUAUACUCUUUGACUCUGUUUCUGCUUGUUUCCAAUGCUGUUAGCUGAGCCAAAGCAGGCUAUGUACAGAUGUGAAAGAAAGAAAGCGUUGGCCAUUAUCCCAAAACAACCUUUAUCCUUUACAUGUACAAACUCUAUAAUGUUGGCUUCAUGCUAACGUCUUACUAAAGCAAACACAUGCUAGCUGUGGAAUCUUUGCGUUUCAUUACAACAGGAUACUUCUGAUGUCACUGUUCAUGCAAUGUAGCCUCAGUAGCUGUAAGUGGUCAUUGCUAAAGUAUUUUCUUUAUAGAUUUGACGCAGCAGUCCUGUUUGUUCUGGUUGGCUCCAGCUUCUAAGUUUCAGAAAUUGCUAAUGUUGCUCCCAGGUGACCAGGGCAUCAUGUGACUCCUAUAGACAUGUAUAAUAAGAGAUUUACUAGAGAUUAAAGAAAAAUGAGUAAUAUAUGACAAAAGAUGGUUUACUUAUAUUAAAAGUCUCAACAUAUUCAUGAUGCACUUUUUAACUACAAACUAUUUCCCCUCAAUGAGUAUGACAGUAAUAGAGAGAGGUGGCAGGGAUGUAAUGUGGAGGGAAAUCGACAAGUAGCACUUCUGCUGGUUGUUUUUUCUUCUAUAUAAAUCUCCAUCUAAAUUGUUUCCUACUUAUAUGAAGAAAAAUAUUUAUGGUCAAUAAUUAAUAGUUACUAAUUACUGACCAUAAAAUGCAAUAACACACUGUUCAAAUUUUAUUUUAUUCAUUUUUGGUAACACCUAACUUAAAAGCACUUUGUAAUAAAACACAAGCCCCUGCUGUAAAGUUAAAUCAAAUUAUUCACUGUGCUUUGAACACAACUAGUGACUUUCUCUCCCUGUUGCUAUUUUUUCAUAGCAUAUAGUAAGUAUAUCAUGAGUAGUGAAGGGAAAUCAUUCUGAUGAUGUCAUCUGAUUUUCAUCAUGAUGAACUAAAGAUAAAGUUAUAGCUGUUCAUCAAAAAAAAAAAGUUCACUCUGAUGUCGACAAUUCAGGGAAGGAGGGAGUUCACACUUUAACUUGCUGUCUGUUUGCAAUGUCAUAGCAUGAUUGUGUUUUCCUCUGUGAUUUGUUAACAAACACACAUGCACAUGCACACACGAACAAACAUAUGUCAUGUUUUUCUUUAGGCAGCCCUUGUUGUGAUAAAUGCAUGGAACAUUGUAGGAUGCCACUGGUUCAAUAGAUGAUUUAAAUAGCUCACCAGAUCCAGUUUUUCAUCUCGUACAUUAACAUUCGCUAACAACAUACUUGACCUCAAGCUCUUUUUGUCACUUUCAAAAAUCAGCCUUUAUAGCUGGAUCCAUGUUUUAUUUUAUUAACAGUUGGUGUUCCUCUUUGGUUUGAUGUUCAGGUAGUGACUCUGAUUCAGACAAUCGUAUAUGUAUCAUAGAUUUGAGAUGUGUGUAAAAGAAAAGAGUUGGGGUAAAACAGAUGUUUUACAUGCUUUUUCUCUUUCAUUUGACAUGAAAAAUUCACACCGUGUUGCCAUUUUCACCAUUUCUUUACACUGUCACGUUAUGUGCUUAAUGUCUAAUGUCAUGUUACUCUAAAAAUCCGCAGACAGGCUUUAAUUAGCUUGACUUAAAAAUACAGUUUUACUCGGCCAGCCCACUUUGAGCUCAGUCAUUUUCUAGACAUUGUUACAGAGUGAAAGCAGAGAUCCAGUGAUGAAAAAAAUCUUAAGCUACUGAAGGUAGUAAAAGUCUUACAUGGCAUGGCCUCCCCUUGUAUCUUUCCUCUGCUGUGUUUAAAAAGGACACCUUUGUGAUAUGUCUCUCUCAAAUUGUUUGAUGGCAAUAAUAGCCUGAGCGUUACAGGCAACAGAAAUACUCCCACUAACAGGAGAAGCUUUACUACAAGGGGAAGUACUUUUUCAAUAUGUUACCUGACUUCUAGAUAGCCACUCAUCUUGUUGCGAAAUGUCGGUCACAUGCUCAAAACAGCCGUGUGUUGAUUUGUGAUCCAGGCUGACAAGCUCAACUCAUCUGUGCGAUGUGCUUGGCUGGGUCACUGCAUGAUUAUGUGACCUUGCUGCAGGUUCAUAACUCUUCCUUAUCUUCAGGAUGGGGGCUCUUAUCUUGUGUCGAGCAUAUUCUCCUUUUUUUAUUCUUUUUGUUUUCUGAUGGAAAAAAAUAACCAUGACAAGAACACUCAGACAGGAAAUGUUCAUUGCCAUGCAUAUCAGAUAGUUUUGCAGUGCUCUUUCUUUGUGUCACCAUGCAGUCAAUACAGGUAAAUAUAUACAGUGAAUGAUUUUCAAUAGCUUCCCACUCCUUGUAGUGCAGUGUAAUACCCUAGAGACAAUGCAAUAGAUCCUUCUUUUUGAUUUUUCUGUUUGUGUAACUUGGGAAAUUAUUUUUUACAACUCAUGAGACAAACUUUCUUCUCCUUUUGGCUUUUGGACCUUGAUAAACAGCACAAAAAGAGCAGCGUUGCGUUCAUGCAAGGCUUUCUGUUUCCAUGGAUAUGAGCGAUACUUUAAGCCAGAGAGAAAUGUAAAUCAUAUGGGGAAAUCUAUAUUAUAUAAAGUUGUAUAAUAUACAAAAUAUAUAUGAACCAAUGUUAUUUAUGUGAAUUUAAGUCCAAUUAAAAGUCUGAUCCCAAA